GCAGAGAAGAUUUGUGGCGCAUAGUGAAAACACUUUUGGAAUUGACAGUUUUUUGAUAUUUAUUUUGUUCUUUUUUUAAUUGUCAACUAAUAUAAACAUUACUUAACGAUGUUAUUAAUUUAGAGAAAAUUUAAAUUUUCCGCAAUUAUAUAUAAAAGAAAUAAACACAUCCUUCAAAUGGAGCGUGUUUUGAAAGCUGUACCAGCGGACUUAAGAGUAAAAAUGGAGGCACUUGUGCAUGAUUUAACUUUGGCAUUAGAAGAAAGCAAUAGUAGUGCAAUUAUGAGACGCAGAUGGGGUAUUAGAAGAAGAGCUCGUUCCACGGGUAAUAUUCCAUCACUUCAUAUGAAUAAACAAUCAGAUGACAGUUCAUCUUCCAUUUGUGACAUCCAUAUUCCAAAAAGUAAUACUGUCUCCAAAUAUCAGUCUGAUAGUGAUGAUACUAAUCAAACAAAACGAUUUGCACGUUUUUCUAAUUCAAAUAAUGCUAGUAACAUUGAAAGUGAUUCAGUUAAUGAAAAUUUUGUACCUAGAGUAAAUCCGCGACGUAAACGAAAAUUUAAAAGAAUGGCUAUUGAUUCUGAUUCUAAUCCUUCAACUUCUCAUGCUGUGGCAAUAUCAGCAACGCUUUCAAAUAAAAAACGAAUUCUUCGAAGUGAUUGUAAAAAUAGAUACGGAACAAUAUGGUGUGGGAAACGUAAGAGGUCUUGUAGAGAGCGAUCUAUAGAUUGUGAUAUGAGAUCACUAGAACCAAACAGAAAUGCAAAAUCAAAAAAUCACAUUAGAAUGCAAACUGAAGAUAGUAUUGAGUGCUCAAGAAUAUCCAGUUCAAGCAUUUCAUCUAGUGAUUCAGAAACUGGACUUAUCACAAAUGAUGAAGAUCGAGAAGGAGAUGAUGAACAGUCAGAUUGGAUUGGGGAACCAAAUUGGUGGGAUGAUGGUGAAAGUACUAAUGAGGAUAAAGUUAAUACUGAUUCACCAUUUCAAAUGAUGAUACAUGGAAAUUUUGAACAUACAACAGUUGAAACCAGAAAAAAUUGCAGAAAAAGAAUUCAAAGAAUUCGGGAAGGUUUCAGCGGAAGAGAAAUCCGUGCUGGUCGUCGUCAUGUUGACAAUAAACCUGGAUAUUCGAUUAUCACAUCAGCUAAUGAAAAAGUUUCCAGAUUUUUACAAGAUCCUACACAAAACGAACUUAGAUUACAUCCUAUGCGACAGCCUGAGAGAGAAAAACUUCGCCGACUUGCAAAUUUGUAUAGUUUAAGUUUAAAAGGAGAUUUAGGGUGUCCAAUUUUGUAUAAAACUCGAUAUACCACACAAGCUAUUUGCGUAGAUCAAGUAUCAUUUAACCGAUUUUCUGGCUAUAAGAGAUUAAGAAGAACUCCACCAAAUUCACCUAAUUCAGAAUUAAUAGCACAUAAUCAAGAACAUCAAAUUUCAAAUACUGGUUUUGCUUCACAAAUUAUAAAUCCUUUGUCAAAUUUAGAUUCACUGCAAGCUUUACCACAAUUUUCCCACUUUAAAUGGGAUUCAAAUAGCAUGGAUAUUGAAAUUCAUGGAAAACCAAAAUUAUACGAUUGUAAUCAUUCAAAAUCCAGUUAA